AUGACCGAGGAAUAUGUUUUGCGGUGCGUCCUGAUGCUCUGCUGCGCGCUCCUCUCGGCCAACGCAAGUAACUGGCUGUACCUGGCCAAGCUGUCGUCAGUAGGAAGCAUCAGGGAUGAGGAGACAUGUGAGAGGUUACGAGGCCUCAUCCAGAGACAGGUUCAGAUAUGUAAGCGCAGUGUGGAGGUGAUGGAUGCUGUGCGCCGUGGUGCUCAGCUGGCUAUAGACGAGUGUCAGUUCCAGUUUCGCAACCGUCGGUGGAACUGCUCCACACUGGAGACCAUGCCUGUGUUUGGCAAAGUGGUCACCCAAGGCACCCGUGAGGCGGCCUUUGUGUAUGCCAUCUCAGCAGCCAGUGUGGCGUUUGCGGUCACAAGGGCCUGUAGCAGUGGAGAGCUGGAAAAAUGUGGCUGUGACCACAAUGUGCAUGGAGUCAGUCCAGAGGGGUUCCAGUGGUCAGGCUGCAGUGACAACAUUGCUUACGGAGUGGCCUUUUCUCAGUCCUUUGUGGAUGUGAGGGAAAGGAGUAAAGGCCAGUCGUCCAGUCGGGCUCUCAUGAACCUGCACAACAACGAGGCCGGCAGGAAGGCCAUCCUGUCCCACAUGCGCGUGGAGUGCAAAUGUCACGGCGUGUCGGGCUCAUGUGAGGUGAAGACCUGCUGGAAAGCCAUGCCGCCCUUCCGCAAGGUGGGCAACAUCAUCAAGGAGAAGUUCGACGGUGCCACUGAGGUGGAGCAGCGCAAGGUGGGCACCACCAAAGUCCUGGUGCCUCGCAACUCCCAGUUCAAACCUCACACGGACGAAGAUCUGGUCUACCUGGAGCCCAGUCCGGAUUUCUGCGACUAUGACCCGCGCACGCCGGGCAUGCUGGGUACGGUGGGCCGGCAGUGUAACAGAACCUCAAAGGCCAUCGACGGCUGCGAGUUGAUGUGCUGCGGCCGCGGCUUCCAGACGCAGGAGGUGGAGGUGGUGGACAGGUGCAGCUGUAAGUUCCACUGGUGCUGCUACGUCAAGUGCAAACAGUGCCGCAAAAUGGUGGAGAUGCACACUUGUCGGUGA